UGGUCAGAAUGAGUGGUCAUCAUGAAGGUUAAUGUUGUACAAUAACUCUUUUCUUUUAAGUGAUGUCAAACCAAACCUCAAUUACCGAAUUUCUCCUCCUGGGAGUGACAGAUAUACAAGAACUGAACACAAUUCUCUUUGCUAUUUUCUUCACCAUCUACUUUGUCAAUAUAACUGGGAAUGGAGCCAUCCUGAUGAUCGUCAUUUCAGAUCCAAGACUCCACUCACCUAUGUACUUCUUCCUGGGAAACCUAGCAUGUCUAGAUAUCUGCUUCUCCACUGUGACAGUGCCGAAGAUGCUGGAGAAUUUCCUUUCCACAAGCAAAGCAAUUUCCUUUCUGGGGUGCAUAACUCAGCUGCAUUUCUUCCACUUCCUGGGUAGCACAGAGGCCCUGCUGCUACCAGUGAUGGCAUUUGACCGCUUUGUGGCUAUCUGCAAACCACUUCAUUACUCUGUCAUCAUGAAUCGCCAGCUCUGUAUUCAGAUGACUGUUACUAUCUGGACCACUGGCUUUUUACAUGCCUUGCUUCACUCUGUAAUGACAUCUCGUUUGAGGUUCUGUGGUUCGAAUCAGAUUCAUCAUUUCUUCUGUGAUGUUAAGCCAUUGCUGGAUCUGGCCUGUGGAGACACUAAACUCAACAUUUGGCUGCUCAAUACCAUCACAGGGACCAUUGCUCUCAGUCCAUUUUUUCUGACAUUUCUCUCCUAUUUCUACAUUAUUACGUAUCUUUUCCUCAAGACCCGUUCUUGCAGCAUGCUCCACAAAGCACUGUCCACUUGUGCCUCUCACUUCAUGGUUGUCAUUCUGUUCUAUGCUCCUGUUCUUUUUAUUUACAUUCGUCCCAGCUCAGGCAGCUCUCUGGAUCAGGACCGGAUCAUUGCCAUCAUGUACAGUGUGGUCACUCCUGCUCUCAAUCCACUCAUCUACACCUUGAGAAACAAGGAAGUGAGGAGUGCGUUGUGUAGGAAGAUGAGAAGAUGGCUCUGACUUAAAGAAAUCUGAAGAACUCUUCUGAGGCAUAAAUAACCAG